GAUCGCACCAAGUACCGCCAAAAUCCGACGGCGGCGCUUGCGCCGCGGAUCCAGCCGAGCCAGAUCCACGCGGCACGUGACAAGUGACACGACGCUCGCUCACUCCACCCACGCUCCCCGGCCGCCGCUGCCGGCCUCGUCAGUCGCAGAUCCCCCAACCACCAGCGAAGCCGCCGCUCACCGCCGAUCGGCCCACAUGGCCGCCUCUAUCGCCGCCGCCGCCGCCGCCGCGUCCAUCUCCCACCUCCUCCCCGCGCCGAAACCCAAGCCCAGAACCCCACCCCGCCUCUCCCUCCUCCCCCGCAGGCGCUCCCGCGCCGCCGGUGCCAUCUCCGCGUCGGCGUCCGCGGCCUCCGACUUCCUCGCCCCCGUCCCGUCCCUCAAGUCCCGCCUCGCCGCGGGCGACACCCUCUAUGGCCUCUUCCUCCUCUCCUUCUCCCCCACGCUCGCCGAGAUCGCCGCGCUCGCCGGCUACGACUACGUGGUCGUCGACAUGGAGCACGGGCCGGGCGGCAUCACGGAGGCCCUCGCCUGCCUCCGCGCCCUCGACGCCGCCCGCACCCCCGCCGUCCUCCGCCUCCCGGAGGCCUGCCCCGUCUGGGCGAAGAAGGCGCUCGACCUCGGCCCCGCGGGCCUCAUGCUUCCCGCCGUCGAGUCCCCGGCCGCUGCCGCGGAGGCUGUAUCCCACUGCCGCUACCCGCCCCGCGGCGUCCGUGGCGCUGCCUACCCAAUCGUCCGCGCAUCCGCCUACGGCCUCGACGACUCCUACCUCUCCCGCUGCGAGGACGACACCCUCAUCAUCUGCCAGGUCGAGACCGCCGCCGGCGUUGCGGAGAUCGACGCCAUCGCCGCCGUCGAAGGGGUCGACGUCGUCCAGAUGGGCCCGCUCGACCUGUCGGCGAGCAUGGGGUACCUGUGGGAUCCAGGGAACAGGAAGGUGCGAGCGGCGCUGAGGGAGGCUGAGAGGAAGGUGUUGGAGGCCAGGAAGAAGAAGGACGCUGCUCCGAAAACCAAUGCGGCUUACUUGGGUGGGUUUGCGAUGCCCAAUGACCCAGCUGAGCAGCUCAAGCAUAGGGGAUACCAUAUGGUUGCAGGUGCAGUGGACAUUGGGUUGUUCCGGAAGGCGGCAUUGGAGGAUGUCAAGCGGUUCAAGGAUGCGUCAAUGGAGAUUGGUGAAGCAGAGGGCGAGGAGGAGGAUGAGAAGGAAGAUGGAUACUGGAGUGAAUGAGCACUGGGGAACUGGUGAUGGCUUCGUUUGUUUGUGUUCUGAAUUGAAACUUUUAGGGUCUCCAUUUUCUGGACUUUGGUGUACUCUUGUUUAGUCGAUGAUUUGGGUUUUAGGGAGCAAAUCUGUUUGGGCACCUUACUGUUCCCAUUUGUAGGUGGUAAUUGGUGAGUACCUAAUAAAGAGUUGGAUUUUAGUGAAAUGUGCUGUGUCCUUCUGUUCCAUUUUAUUUGUGGAAAGCUACUCGUAGAAAUUUGUAUGAGCCAAACACCAGAAAUUACUUCAUGGCAAGUGAAAAGCAGUGGUAAGUUUUUCCAAAAAAAGAUUGAUGGUGAAUUUGUUUUGUGGGGUCAGGGCAAGCCCAUAGCCAGACUCCAGAUUGUCCAUCUCAACACUUGCUCAACCUCAACCACUAGUUCAGAUAUGCUGGGACAUCCCAUCCAGAACCAUUUAGGUCCUUUGGACACUUGCACAUCCAAAAAAUAUCUCCUUCCAGCAACAGGAUGCAGCCUUAGGAUUAGCUAGGCUCUCUUCUGAUUCUCCCCCAAGUUUUGCUGUUCUUUAUCUCAUGACCACGAUGAUCGCAGCUAGCUCCAUAGUGAAAGCCAACCUUCCUUGCUCGUCAAGGAUAUCCUCCAGCUCAGACUUCUCAUCUGGUCAUUCUUGGCGCCCAUUAGAGGCGGCAAAACAUUACCGGGCGCAUGGUGUGCGCUCGCUGCGGAUAACAUGUGCUGCCACUAAGACUGCAAAAUCUCCAGCUGAAGAAGAAUGGAAGAUCAAACGGCAACUCCUAGUAGAGAAGCGGGUACGUAGUGUUGAUGUGAAGGAAGCAUUGCGCCUUCAAAACGAAAACAACUUUGUAAUCCUUGAUGUCAGACCAGAAGCAGAGUUCAAACAGGCUCACCCACCUGGUGCUGUUAAUGUACAAAUAUACAGAUUAAUAAAGGAGUGGACAGCAUGGGAUAUUGCAAGGAGGGCAGCAUUUGCUUUCUUCGGCAUAUUUGCAGGAACAGAAGAGAAUCCCGAGUUCAUAAAAAGUGUUGAAGAAAAACUUGAUAAAGAUUCAAAGAUAAUUGUAGCAUGUUCAGCUGGAGGAACAAUGAAGCCAACACAGAAUCUACCUGAUGGGAAGCAAUCUAGGUCUCUGAUAGCGGCGUACCUGCUGGUCCUAAACGGCUACAAGAACGUGUUCCAUCUGGACGGAGGACUCUACACAUGGUUCAAGGAAGACCUACCAUCUGAAGGAGAAGAAGAUUGAGCAGGAAAGGACCUGUCAGUUAUUAGUUGCUACGAUAUUGUUGUUGUUCAUACGACAGCAGUUUGCGAUGAGUUGUAAUGAUGCGCGUUACGGAUAAAAUUGUCCGCACUAGUUUUGAGAAAAUUGCAUAUCCUUCCCAUCUUA